AUGCCGGGGGCCCCCCAGUCACCCCAGGAGCGUUGGAUGCCUCCAGAGUCCCCAGGCAUUCAGCGCUGGGGCUCCCCAGGCAUCCAGCGGUGCGUCUCGUGUGGCCUGUUUUACCAGGAAGAGGCCGCUGUAUCGGCCCGGCGUCUGGAGGCUGCUCCAGCUCCCCAACCCACCGACGGUGGGUCCUACAGCCGACCCCCACAAUGGAAAUGUCCCCAACGGCCAGCACCUGGAAGGACGUCUCCUGGAAAAUCGUGCCUAUCGGAUACUGCAGGUAAAGAAAAGGCCCAGCGACUAGCCAACCAAGGUAUCAAUCCAGAUAGAUCGACGAUGGAAAAGUGCGUGUGUCUUGUGUGGCAGCUACACCUUCUGCUCAUGGGGCGCCAUGCGGCUUCGAGUUCGCAUCCAACUAUUGCGGCGCCCGCUUCUGA